CCUCUGGCGGCUUCGAAAACCUCGCAGCCGGAAGCCGCGGACUUUGGAGGCCUGGGUUUACCUCAUAAAAGAGUAUUUCAUUAUAAGGAAAAUGAGUCAUCCCUCCAAGGUGUCCGUUACUGAUGUUCCAAAAACAGAUAAUCCACGCACAGGAAAAGGCCACAAAGGACAUUUGUCAAAUGUGAAGACAAAGACAGUACAACAGAAUAAAGAUAUUUCAGCUCAUACAAUACAGAGAGCUUGGUUAUCUCAUAUGGACAAAGCAAUAUUUCAACUCCUAAAGCACACAAUUUGUGCAGCUGAAAAUCGUGUGACACAUGAAAUGCUGAAGGAAGUGAGCCCCUUAGAGGCUGAGCUUGUUAAAGAUCCCAGCAUGAAGUGUAAAGUUAGAUUCGGAUUUAGUGGCAAGACAUUUCCACCUGUCAUCAUGUUUAAAAUUUUUCAUCAUACUGAAGGCCAUGGUUACAAGUAUCUCAGCGGAAAAAAUGUAUUAAAGCCGUCGAGUGAGGCAGUCAUUGAUGCUUGCAGAAUAAUGGGGGAAAAGAAAUUUUAUCAUCAAAUUAUGGAAGAUGAACAUCUUUUCCAGAAGUUGAAAAUAACUGAAAAAAUAGAUAUUGUCAUCCUGCAAGAUUACAUGCAGGAACUGCAAAUGGAUGCACCAGAUAAAAAGCAACAACAGACGGUCGUGUUCUCCACCCGAUCUUUCGACAUUGUGAAAGUUGGGGAACUCACAUCAGGUGAUGAAUUGGAAAAAGGAGAAAAGGAAUUAUUUGCCUGGUGUCAAGAUUUGUAUACUAACAGUUCUCCAUCAUGUUAA